AAUAUAGAAAUUUUAUCUCCGUUUUUUUCUCAGCGCAUUAUAUUCAGAAUUUUAACAUUGACCUGUGCUAUAUCUAUGAUUAAGUGUGACUGAAGAUUCGGACUGAUGUAUAUUUUCGUUGGAUAAAUGUGGUAAAUAUGUGAUAACACAAAAGGAAUAAUAAAUAAGAAAGGGAGAGAUCGAAGGAGAGUUAAAAUGAGAAGUUAUUGCAUUUGGAAUUGCGUCCUCGUUUCGAUCUUCUUAUUUCUAUGGAGCAGAAACGUCGAUGGGAUUCAAAUAUGGAGUAUGCAAUUUGGACAUGCUCCGCUUUUGGAGAAAUUCACUUGGAAAAAGAUGGACUUUGCUUAUCCCGACGAGCGCAGCCGACAGUUAGCGAUAGCAAGUGGCGAAUACGUGCCGGAGAAUUCUCUGCCUGUCGGCAUCGAAAUCUGGAGGAAUAAGCUGUUCGUCACGGUACCACGAUGGCGCGAUGGAAUACCAUCUACAUUGAAUUACAUACCGCUGGAUGCAAAUCAAGGUAGAUCGCCGAAGCUUAUACCGUAUCCGAAUUGGGCGCAGAAUAAGGCUGGUGUUUGUCGUAGCGGAUUGACCACUGUUUACAGAAUUCACGCUGAUGCGUGUGAUAGAUUGUGGGUAUUGGACACUGGAACAAUAGGAAUCGCUGAAACGACUGUACAAGUCUGUCCUUAUACUUUGAACGUGUUUGACUUAACCACAGACAAACUGCUGAGGCAAUAUAAACUUAGAUCGGAAGACAUCAAUCAAAACACUUUCAUCGCUAAUAUCGCGGUUGAUUUGGGGAAAGGCGGUUGCGAUGACGCUUUCGCUUAUAUGUCUGAUGAACUCGGCUAUGGCCUGAUCGUAUAUUCGUGGCAACGAAAUACAUCUUGGCGAAUAACGCAUAGCUACUUUAUGCCGGAUCCUCUGGCGGGUGAUUACAAUAUCGGAGGCUUGAACUUUCAAUGGGGAGAGGAAGGUAUUUUUGGAAUGAGUCUGUCGCCAAUAUUAGCAGAUGGCUACCGAACGCUUUUCUUUCAUCCUCUUAGCAGUUAUCGAGAAUUUGCGGUCUCUACGAGGAUUCUGAGAGAUCAGCAAUUAUCCCAAAACAGUUAUCACGAGUUUCAGGUGUUGCCGUCGAGAGGGCCGCUUUCUCAUUGCACCGCAUCCGUAAUGGACGAGAACCGACUUCAGUUCUUCAAUUUAAUUGAUCAGAAUGCAGUUGGCUGUUGGAAUUCUAUGUUACCUUACGCACCGAUCAAUCAGGCAAUCGUCGCGAGGCAUGACGAGGCUCUGAUAUUCCCAGCAGAUAUCAAGGUGAAGCGCGGCUUACUCUGGAUAAUGUCGGAUCGAAUGCCGAUUUUCUUGCUAUCGUCGCUAAAUUACACGGAUGUGAACUUCAGGAUACUCACCAUGCCAGUUCAGGCAGCAAUCGCCGGGACGGUAUGCGAUACCAUAUCGUGGAAAUAUAUCAACAAUCAAAUCUGGUAGUACUGACUACGGUUCAUCGAUCGCGUGUAGAUUUCCGCGAUCGUUUUGCAAUAUGCAAUUCGCAAUAUGCAGUUGCAUUUGAUCUUCACGCAUUUGAGAAUGUAAUCUGCAGUAAAUUGAAAAAAAGUGAUAACAUAAAC